AUGGCCACCGUCACCGCCACCGCCACCGCCACCGAAGGCCCCGAUGUCUCGCACGGCCGAGGCGGCGCUGGUAACAUUCGCCCUGACGACACGCCCUAUGUUGAUGGAGAGGUCGUUCGUGCUGGCGAAGUGGGCAGUCACGGGGACGGAGCUUUCAGCACUGGUCGCGGAGGUGCUGCCAACAUUGGCGAUGCCGGCGCCACGACGACGUCUCGGCUCGACAAAGACAUCGUUCCCGAAUCUGCGGUCCGGGCCAGCUCAGACAAUGUGGACCAUCACACCGGCCGCGGUGGUGCGGGUAACGAGCGCCUAGCUACGCCCCGAGAGUCCAUCAAGGACGGAGCAACGGUUGUGGAUGGAGAGGCUGUGGCCGUGGCGCCUGUCGGCCUGGCCGACAAGCUCAAGUACAAGCUUCUAGGAUCCAUCUUCAAGAAAUAG